AGAAACUUGUAAAAAGUUUAAAGCGUACGAAUGUUUCGCUUAAGCCCAGAGGAGAAAGGAAUUCCCCCCUCGACUUGGAGAGACUUUUAUUUCUCGGUAGGCCCAACACGCGUCUCUGAGAGGAACAGAAACUAAAAAGGCUCUGCGUCUCACAUGACACAAGCCAAUACAGGAAGUGCCCGGGGCAGCUAUCCAAAACAACAACCGUCACGAUACGAACUCAUCCAGCCGAACAAAAAUGAUCCUGUACCGCACAGGAAGCAAUUGACACUCAAGAUUCAAACAAACUCCGUGGAAAGACGAAGAUGGAGGUGAAAGGAGCGCUCGGCGUCGCUCUUCUGUUCGUCAUUUCCCUAAUAACGCAGGUAAAUUGCCAAGAGGCUGUUUUGCACAUCUCAAAUGGAAGUUCAUAUCGGGAUUACUGCCUCGUCUACAAUCACUCCUGGACUCCUCUUGAAGACACACUCGCUAAAGCUCCGACGUACAAGCUGGUGAAUCUGACGUCCACUGUGCUGUGUGACGCCUCAGGAGUCCAACCAGGGGCGGUAAAGGGCAAAGCUCUGGUGGUGAUGAGGGGGGAAUGCAAUUUCAGCCAGAAGGCUAUUGUCGCCCAAGAACUUGGCGCUAAGGCGCUGCUUAUUGCGAGCAACACAACCUUGGUCACUCCAUCGGCCGAGGAGUCUGAGUAUCCAAAGGUCCACAUUCCUCUGGCUCUCAUGAGGUACAGGGACUUCCUGACAGCCCAGCGUGUGUUUGGCGAAGGAAUGGAAGUGACGCUGUACGCGCCGCAGUACUCCAAGAUUGAUCCGAACAUCGUCAUCCUGCUGCUGAUCGCUAUAGCAACGGUGGCUUUGGGCGGCUUAUGGAGUGGAGCUUGUGAACGCGAGCGACUGAAGAACUACGCUACCGGAGGAGGAGCAGAAGAACACAAAGCGGACAGCAGCAGAGUCCUCUACUCCCCCCUCAGCAUCAUCAUCUUCGUCAUCGUGAUGUGCGGGAUGCUGGUGCUCAUGUACUUCUUCUACAACGUUCUCGUUUACAUCAUUAUUGUCAUCUUCUGCUUCGCCACUGCCUCGGCUCUGUUCAGCUGCCUGGACGCGGUGCUGGACUUAAUCCGUUGUGGCACUUUAAGCUUCUCUGUGCGUAACAAGAGCUUCUCAGUGAGGUCCAUCCUGCUGGCUGCUGUGUGCAUUACCGUCGCUGUGAUCUGGGGAGUGUACAGAAAUGAAGACGGGUGGAUCUGGGUCCUGCAGAACUUGCUUGGUAUUGCUUUUUGCCUCAACUUCAUGAAGACCAUCACACUGUCCAAUUUCAAGAUCUGUGUGAUCCUGCUGAGUCUCCUCCUGCUAUAUGAUGUCUUCUUUGUGUUCAUAACUCCUUUCUUCACAAAGAAUGGAGUCAGCAUCAUGGUGCAGGUUGCUCUCGGCCCCGACGCGUCUGGGGAGAAGACACAAGGUAACAUGGUGGAGAUCCCUGCUGAACCCCAGCCUCCUUCUGAGAAAAUACCUGUGGUGAUGCGUGUCCCGCGGUUCUCUGCUUGGCCUCAGAACCUGUGUGGGCUGCAGUUCUCCAUCCUGGGUUACGGAGACAUCAUUGUCCCAGGCCUCCUGGUGGCCUAUUGCAGCAGGUUUGACGUUUGGAUCAACAGCAGGAAGAAAGUCUACUUCAUCAGCUGCUGCUUUGCCUACCUCCUGGGACUGCUGCUGACCUUUGCAGUGAUGCUGCUGUCGGGGAUGGGCCAGCCCGCCCUGCUCUACCUGGUGCCUUUCACCUUGAUAACCUCCGCCAUGGUUGCAGGCUGCAGGGGGGAGAUGAGGCACUUCUGGACAGAUAUUUACAUGUGAAACCGAUCUCGACUACCUCCUUUUUUACUCUGGCGUGAGGCAGACCCUGCCCACAAUGUCACCUGUUGUAGGGUGGAAAGAUAAUAAGACAUGCCUUACCAAUUAAUAGUUAGCAACUUUGCAAAAGAUGGAAACAAAUAUAUCUGUAUUUGCUCUCUUCUACUCUGCAGGUCAGGCUCUGAAUAAAGGUCAGCCAGAAGUCACCUAA